ACCUGAGGAAGGCGAGUCGCGAGAUCGUAAACAACAUGGCGCGUCACGAACCUAGAGAGUCUUAAAACCUACUCUGGGAAGCAAAAGCGUUUAGCUUACUGAACUCACACCUUUACAAGGUUCAGUUUUGAUUUGACUGUUUGGUGGUUAUUUACCGAGGUCUGCAGGAAGACACAAACGGAGCAGAAGAGCUGUCAAAGCGCUGUUACCAAUUAACUGACUAUCAGUCUAUGGGCUCUAAGUCCAGUUCUGGGAUGUCCGGUCGAGGCUCUGGCAACAAUCCAGACCAGUCCGAACCAGAACCUAACCAGAAUUCCGAUCAGACGGGUCACACACAAGCCGAGAGGCAGUCAGGAUCGGAAGAGAACGUUGACUUGGCACAAGUUCUGGCGUACCUACUGCGGAGGGGCCAGGUCCGCCUGGUCCAUGGAAGUGGAGCAACGGGCCUACAGCUCGUGCAGUCAUAUUCAGACUCAGAUGAGGACAGCGAUGGGGCCUGGGAUGGGCGGCUAGGACAUCGAUAUGACCCUCCAGUGGAUGCCCAACCAGACACACAGGAAGUUGACCACAGUGAGAUCCGCACACAGAUCCUGCUUGCCACUGCUUCCUCAUGCUUAAAGGGAAGACACAGUUUCACACAAAUGCUGGCAGAGCGGGAACAGGGACGGUGUCUGGGGUCAAGUUUCUCUCAUGGAGAGUGCAGUCGAAUCCGGUCACAUUUCCUGCCUAAUCAUGUGGUAUACAAGGACACUUACCAGCAAAAAGUAUUUUGUGGAGUCUACAGUGAUGAAGGAAACAUGUUCCUGACAGCAUGCCAAGAUCAGAAUAUCAGGUUAUAUGACACUAGUAGGGGCCGUUUUACUCUAAAGAAGACGGUGAAGGCCAGAGAUGUGGGCUGGAGCAUUCUGGAUGUGUGUUUCACCCCUGAUGCACGUUGUGUGCUGUACUCCAGUUGGUCUGACUACAUCCAUGUGUGCAGUGUAGAUGGGGACAAUGAAACACACACCGCUCUGGACCUCAAUCCUGAUGAAAGGAGGUUCUGUGUUUUUUCUCUAGCAGCAUCCACAGAUGGAAAAGAAAUUUUAGGCGGUGCAAACGAUGGCUGUCUGUAUGUGUUUGAUCGUGAACAAAACAAGAGAACACUAAAGAUCGACGCUCAUGACGAUGAUGUGAAUGCCGUAGCGUUUGCAGACAGUUCAUCACAGCUGCUGUUCUCAGGCAGUGAUGAUGCUCUGUGCAAGGUAUGGGACAGACGUACCCUCAGAGAAGACCGACCACAGCCUGUGGGUCAACUGGCCGGACACAGAGACGGAAUCACCUUCAUACACAGCAAGGGCGACGCUCGGUACUUGAUCAGCAACUCCAAAGAUCAGACCAUUAAGUUGUGGGACGUGAGGAAGUUUUCAUCUAAAGAGGGGCUCACAGCCUCACGGCAAGCUGUCACACAACAGAACUGGGACUACCGCUGGCAGCAGGUUCCCCAGAGAGCACUAAAGAAGCAUAAGCUGACUGGUGACACCUCUGUGAUGACCUACAGAGGACACGGGGUUCUGCACACGCUCAUUCGCUGCCGCUUUUCGCCUGAAUUCAGCACUGGACAGAAGUUAAUUUACACAGGCUGUUCAACAGGCAAAAUCGUCAUCUACGAUGUGUUGACGGGAAGCAUUGUGUCCAAAUUGUCCAAUCAUGACGCAUGUGUGAGGGACGUCAGCUGGCACCCGUAUCACAACAACAUGGUCAGCAGCUCUUGGGAUGGUGCCAUACGUCGGUGGGAACACACGCAGAACCCCCUUCUGGACAGCGACAGAGAGAGGAUGAACGUGGAUAUGCUGGAGAUGGAAACCAAAUGCUGUUGACGAUGUCAGAGGAAGAUGGUGACAUCGUAGUAGGAAUAGGAUGGAGCAGGAAUAAAGAGAAACAGAAAAAAUCAGAAAAGAACAUUUUGUAAAAUCAAAUUGAUGUAGCGUUAGGCAGGGUCUUCAGGUUUUUUAUUUCACAUUAUAGGCACAAAAAGAUGAUACACACACAUGUUUAAGCUAAAAGGAUCAUUGACAUUUAAUUAAUGGACACGGGGCGUGCUGUGAUUUCUCUUUUACGCCUCUCUUUCAGCUCAGAGAUUUAAGCGCAGGUUUAAGCUUAACUGAGUGAGUUUCACCAAUAUAAAGAACGCCGAUUUCAGACGGGCACAGCACAACUGCUUAGCUUGAAAAAUGACUGUAUGGUAACUGCUUUACCCAAAAAAAGCAAUACCUGGAUAAUGGACAUGUCUCUAAAAGUGCAAAGAAUUCUGGGAAUAAUUCUAAAUAUUGUAAGAUAUUUUAUUGCUAUUAAUGUUCAGGAUUAGAUUUUGUAGUACAAUGUAAAAUGAUAUUUUCUGUCAAAACUGAAUGCGAGUUUAAUGUGCGUGUGUGGAGACAGUAGUGGGUUUACGGGGUACGGGAGGGAGAUUCUUUAUGCGUAUGUGUGUGAGCAUGUGUGCAGAUAUGUUUCUGUUGAAACAAAGGAUUGAUUUGUGUGUGAUUUAAGUGCAUUUCAGAUUAAUUGGAACACUCACAAAAUGUUUUUACACGAAUAAUUAAACUCACGUGCACAACUUUG